AUGUCUCAACCAGCCCUCAACAAGAUCGCUCACAACAGCCCAUCGAGGCAACAUCCUUCCGAGUUGGAAACCAGCAUCGCGACUGCCCUUUACGAACUCGAGACCAACAUCCCAGACCUGAAGGCUUCCCUGAGACCCCUUCAAUUCGUCUCUGCUCGCGAGCUCGAAGUCGGCCACGGAAAGCGUGCCAUUGUCAUCUUCGUCCCUGUCCCUCUCCUCGCAGGCUUCCACAAGGUCCAGCAACGCCUGACCCGCGAGCUCGAGAAGAAGUUCUCCGACCGCCACGUUGUCAUCCUCGCCCAGCGCCGCAUCCUGCCCAAGCCUAAGCGAUCCAACCGAUCCCGCACCUCGCAGACUCAAAAGCGACCUCGCAGCCGAACUCUGACCGCUGUCCACGAUGCCAUCCUCGCCGAUGUUGUCUACCCAGUUGAGAUUGUCGGAAAGCGACUCCGAACAAAGGAGGAUGGAAGCAAGGUCUUGAAGGUUGUCUUGGACGAGAAGGAGCGUGGUGGUGUCGACUACAGACUCGACACUUACUCCGAGGUCUACCGAAAGUUGACCGGCCGUGUUUGUGGCUUCGAGUUCCCAUUGAGCGCUGCUGUCGAUUUCUCAUAG